CUGCGUAGGCGCUCCGUACGCCGCGCGGGGUCAGGGGUCACCGGGAAGAUGGCGGCGGCGUUGACCUUCCGCCGGCUGCUGGCUCUGCCCAGGGCUGCGCGGGGUUUCGGGGUGCGAGUGUCGUCGAGCGGGGAGAAGAUCACGCACACCGGCCAGGUUUAUGAUGAAAAAGACUACAGGAGGAUUCGGUUUGUAGAUCGUCAGAAAGAGGUGAAUGAGAACUUUGCCAUCGAUUUGAUAGCAGAGCAGCCUGUGAAUGAGGUGGACCAUCGGAUCAUAGCCUGCGAUGGUGGUGGUGGUGCCCUGGGCCACCCCAAAGUGUACAUAAAUUUGGACAAAGAAACAAAAACGGGGACAUGUGGCUACUGUGGCCUGCAGUUCAAGCAGCACCAUCAUUAGUGUGGCUGACCUGGUCCUCUGACACCGGUGCAAUACCUGUCUCCACGUGAGGUGUUUAGGUGUGACGUCACCGCUCUGUGAACGGUGUCCCUUCUUAUGAAUAAAAGAUGCUACCAUCAUGGA